CUCUCACUCUGAUUUGUCUCUCCACCGGUCCGUCCGGCGACCCAACGACUAUACUUUUCUUUCGUCUUCUUUCGCUGUCCUUUUUAUUUCUUGCCACGAGAAAAAAAAAGUUAUUGACUUUCUAUUUGUGUCUGUGUUCUUGAUUGAUGGAAGAAAAACCCAUCAAAAUGUGAGCGUGAAGUCAAAGGCAGAGGAAAAGAGCUGAUGCGAAAUGGCUUUUCAUGACCACUUGCCUCAAGAACUGGCUUUUCAGCCUUUCACGGAUGACCAACAGUUAAGUCAAAGCAGGGACAUGCAGCGGAUGAUGCCGUUCUCAGCCGGCGCCGGGGGAGGUCCGGCCCCGACGUGGCUGGUGAAUAGCGCUGGGUCGUCUCUCCGGCAGCAGAAUUUUCUCCACUUGCAGUCUGACUCGGCCGAUGAUGUUCGGGGGAGUAUGAUACCUUCGUCGGAGAGGAGCAACGAUCGAGACGGCGGCGAUCGGAGCCGGGGCGACGGCAAUUGUGAAUCUGAGGAUUUGGCGGAGUACAAAGCUGACAUUUUGGGACACCCCCUUUACGACCAGCUCUUGUCGGCUCAUGUGUCGUGUUUAAGGAUUGCCACUCCGGUGGACCAGCUUCCUAGGAUCGACGCUCAGCUUCAACAGUCACAGCGCGUGCUUGAGAAAUACUCUGGACUUGGACAUGGCGUUAUUGAUGAGAAGGAGCUUGACCAGUUCAUGACACAUUAUGUUCUAUUGCUCUGUGCUUUCAAAGAACAACUGCAACAACAUGUCCGAGUUCAUGCCAUGGAAGCUGUCAUGGCUUGUUGGGAGCUUGAGCAAUCUCUUCAAGGCUUGACUGGUGUGUCUCCAGGAGAAGGGACAGGAGCAACAAUGUCGGACGAUGAAGAUGAGCAGGUAGAGAGCAAUGCUAACCUAUACGAAGGUGGCCUUGAUGGUGCUGACAGCCUAGGAUUUGGUCCUCUUGUUCCCACUGAAAGUGAAAGAUCUUUGAUGGAGCGUGUGAGACAAGAAUUGAAGCAUGAAUUAAAGCAGGGUUACAAGGAGAAGAUUGUGGAUAUACGAGAAGAGAUUCUGAGAAAGAGGCGUGCGGGGAAGCUGCCGGGUGACACAACCUCGCUUUUGAAAUCUUGGUGGCAAUCACAUUCUAAAUGGCCUUAUCCUACUGAGGAAGACAAGGCAAGGCUGGUGCAGGAAACCGGCUUACAACUAAAGCAAAUAAAUAACUGGUUUAUUAAUCAAAGGAAAAGGAAUUGGCAUACGAAUCCUUCAUCAUCUACCUCCUCUAAAAGCAAGCGCAAGAGUAGUAAUGCAGGAGAAACCAGUAACCAGAGCUUUAUGUGAAGGAGUGAUUGAUGAUAUGAAUAUUUUGAACACUGCACAAAACUAUUGGGAUUCUUCAAUGGGAUUCAUAGGAUCGAAGAUUUAGCAGUCAGCAGCAAGAACCUGAAGCAAUGGAGGCAUGAUUCUGGAAACGAUCGAACUAAAACUUAGUAUUGAUGUUGUAUAUGAGGCUGAUGGUCGAUACCUGAUAUAUAUAUGGUUUGAAGCUUGCACAUUCUAUUCCAUUCAGUGGGUAUCGAGUCGAUCUAUGAAGCAUGCUGAUACCUAUAUAUUUUCACUGUAUUAUUAUUACACGUGACAUUUGAAAAAAAAAAAAAAAAGGAAAAGAGAGACUAUAAUUUACUUCAUCAAUUUACGCCUA